GGAUCAAGGCCCGAUUUCCUGUCCAGUUCAGUACAGCCCACUCUGACGUUUUCUGCUCUGGCUCAGCCUCAGUCUGCCUGUUCGUCUCUCCAGCUCGACCAGCGCCUGCACCACGCUUAGGAAAAUGACCGACAAGGGGCUCACUGACGAAGCUGUACUAGCGGCUUGCAAAGAUGGAAAUGCGAUCACUAAGGACUUCAUGAUGCAGCAGACCAUGCUGAGGGUGAAGGAUCCUGUGAAAUCCCUGGACUUCUACACCCGUGUGCUGGGCAUGACGCUACUGCAGAAGUUUGACUUCCCCUCCAUGCGCUUCUCCCUCUACUUCCUGGGCUACGAGGACAAGAAGGAGAUCCCUGGAGAAGUGAAAGAGAGGACAGCGUGGACCUUUUCUCGGCGAGCCACCAUAGAGCUUACACAUAACUGGGGAUCUGAGUCAGACGACAGCCAGUCCUACCACAACGGGAACUCGGACCCUCGUGGCUUCGGGCAUAUUGGUAUCGCGGUGCCUGAUGUGUACGCUGCCUGCAAACUGUUUGAAGAGCAAGGAGUCACUUUUGUCAAGAAGCCAGAUGACGGCAAAAUGAAGGGACUGGCCUUCAUACAGGACCCGGACGGAUACUGGAUCGAGAUUCUGAGCCCUAACAACAUGGUCUCCAUCACCGCCUAGAGAGACAGGGCAGAUGUUUCCGGGGUGGCAGAGUGUAGAUUUAAGCAGAGAAAGACCAGGUGUGCAAGCAUUAUGAAAACAACCCCCAGUUCUUUACAGGAAUUCACAAGAGCUGACGGUGGUGAUGGAGACCUGGGUUGCCCCAGUCCUGGACAUUUGCAAAGCGUUAGAAACGGACAAUCAAAACGGCAAGCUGUUAAGCUGUAUUAUGUUUGAUGCUGGUGUUUAGCUGGUUUUUUUCUCAGUGCUGGUCUGUGCUGACUGCCAGAGCAGAGGCUGUUCCCUCUUAUUUGAAUCCUCUCUGAUCCCACCCUAACUGUGGUUCCCAUGUGCAGUAAAGUCAGGCGCCUCUGGUA